AAAUCUCUAAGGGAUCUCUGGAGGAUUUUGGAAAUACUUCUGGAAAUUCUACUGGAGCAGUUCUUCGAAGAAUUUCUUAUGCAAUUUCUGAAACGCUACAUACAUUUAUUUGUUCAACAUCACAUUUAAGACAAGACAUAAUCAACAAUAGUACGCACAAUACUCGGUUUGUGGCUGCCACUCUCUAUCCUCGGUCGCGCCCAAUGCUCGCCAGGUCACGCUCCACCUGGUCCGCCCAUCGUGUUAUCUACGCUCCACGCUUUCUUGUGCCAACCGGAUCAGUUUAUUUAUUUAUUUAUUAUUAACAUCAACAGACAUCUUAUGCCCCAAUGAUGGCCUCUUAUAACUAAUACAUAACUAUAAAAACUAAAAACAAAACUGCAUUUGAAAUACAAGACAAAAACGAAACAAAAAUGCGAAAAAGUCAAAUACCGUAACAAAAAACAUAUAAAAUCACAGUUCGUUAUUGUUCGUAAAAUAUCUGCGGAAUAUUUGGCGCAUCGUUUGGCGGGACAAGUGGAAGUCGAAAAGGUGGCCAGCUCUAUUGAACGCAAGCUCCAAUCCAAUCAGCGUGUGUUGACCGUAAUUGAUUCGUCGGAAAGGCAAUCUAAGCAUCGCGUUGCUCCGAAGGGCCCUAGGACGAACGUUCAAGUCAACCGCUUCCAGAAUGGCAGGGCAAUCGACUCUUCCUUGCAAAGUGUCGGCAAUAAGCAUAGCCUUUGCCAUAUCCCUGCGCGAUUGGAGAGUUUCGAGUCGAAUCAACUGACAUCGAUUGCUGUAGCUUGGUAACCGGAGCGGAUCACGCCAUGGAAGCAGACGGAGCGCAUAGCGGAUGAAACGAUGCUGCACUGAUUCGAUUCUGUUAGAACCAUUCUGAUAAUGCGGAUACCAAACAGCAGAGCAGUAUUCGAGAGUUGAACGGACCAAGGAGCAAUACAGGGAUUUUAAACAGCAAACGUCGGUGAAGUCCUUGGCGAUGCGAAAAAUGAAUCCUAGGGUCCUAGACGCUUUGUCAACGAUAUAUGCGACAUGGUGCUUAAACGUAAGCUUAGUAUCCAGGAUUACUCCAAGAUCUUUCACUUGAUCGAUGCGUUGGAUUGUUGUGUCACGGAGCUUGUAGUUGAACUGAAUUGGUUGGCUUAUUCGGGAGAACGAGGUUGUUCGGUCCGAGAUUGUGAACCACUGGUUCUGGUCUCUUUAGAUCGCUUUCAUCUAACUCAUGAGAAGAGUAAUACCUCUCGCUUCUCGAGAGCAACCCCGAAGUCGGGCAAGAUCACUUUGUACGAAGUUUAAAUAAAUUAGUAUGCACCCAUUCGUCAAACGUAUAACACGCGUUGUGUAUUCGGUCCGGUCCGGUCCGGCAAUAAAGUCUAGUGCCCACAACGCGAGUGUUUUUAUUUCCACCGUUGAAGAAAGGUCGAUGGACGAAGGCAGAGGUCAAGGACCUCUGAAGUGACCCGCGUUUGGACGGACUAGUUUCUACAGUCCACUUUAUAAGGUCCGUGCCAAAACAUGGUCCUUCGAGCCGGAUGAAGACCGGUGGGACUAAACUAAAGUGCAAGUGAAUAUUCUGUUCGCGGAUAAACGGUACCCGCCCGAUAGCGAAAAUUGAAAAUCUAGAGAUAGCAGUGAAAAAGAAAUUUUAUUGUGCGUGAGGGACCGACGUCGUCGACAUUGUCGCCGUUGUUCGAGUGCACCACACCGGUGCUUACACGGAGGGAAGUGUAGCGGCGGAUUUUGGCGGUUUCGUCGGAACAUCAAGGUGGAGAUUGGCCGGCGGCGCGCCACGGAACGUGUCGUCAGGAGAGCUGUACUGCAUGCGGGAGAAAACGGAAUCAUCCCGAUUGCCGUCAGGGAGUAUUUUGCAUGGUUUUUUGUGGUUGGGUUGCAUGUGCUGGGUAUGAGUUGGGUAAAAUUGAAUAAAGUUUAUACUAUAUGUUGAGCGUUUUCUUCCGGGUAGUGGCCUGGAUUGAGUUGGAUUGCCCUUGGUCUGAAAGAUCUGGUCUUGAAGUUGGUUUUCGCUGCUCGUUGUCAUUCUCCGCUGUAAUCCCCUGCUGUCAAAUUGCUGGUUUUCGGUCGGUCGCGCGGAACGUUUGGAGAAGUAAUUCCGGUAGCAGUGUUCGAGAUUCGCGCAGUCAAGCUGAUUCAGUGAAUGAAAGGUGGUGUGAAGUGAAUCAAAAAACUUAAUUGGCAAAUUUACAGUACUGCUGUUGAGUGAAAAGUGAUUGAUACGAACACGAUCUUAAGUUUGAACUUGUGCUGUGAACAUUGAGAGCCACGAACCUUUAGUGAUUUGAUCAUCCAACAGUACUGUAAAUUUGUGGGUGAUUAGAUAACUGUGAAGAUGGUGACCAUGGAGGAGUAUAAGGAGCUGAAGAAGCAAGAAAAGCAGUUAGUCGGCAUCAUGAAUGGCAUCGCGCGUUUUGUGAAUGAGUUCCAGAAAGGAAAGCACGAAACCCAAAUUGAUGUCCGCCUGGAAACCCUAGAAGAGGCCAUGACGAAAUUCUACAGUGUUCGCCGGAAAAUUGAGCAGUUUUUCGACGAUGAAGAUAGUGCUAGUGAAGUGAAGAUAGCUGAAAAUACCCGGUCAGAACGAGAAAAACGGAAGAAGAGCUUCGAGGAGUCGCUGUACAACGUUCAGGAACAAUACUUCGAAGUGAAGGCCGCGUUGAUUCAGCUGCGGCCAAAAAAGGAGACCCCACGAGCCACCAUCGAAAAUGUAGUUGAAGUUCAGCCAAUGUCCCGGGUGAAGCUGCCGGACAUCAAGCUUCCGAGCUUCAGUGGGAGGAUUCAGGAGUGGACCAGCUUCCGAGAUACCUUCCGAAGCCUGAUCCACAACAACCAGCAGCUGGCAGACGUCGACAAGUUUACCUACUUGCGGUCUUCGACCACCGGUGAAGCACUACAAGAGCUGAAUUCGGUGGAGCUAACGGGCGACAACUACGAGGUGGCCUGGAAAAUGUUGGAGAAGAAGUACGAGAACAAGAAGCUCAUCGUGAAGGCCCACCUGGACGCGUUGUUCGCCGUUGAGCCAAUGCGCAGAGAGAACUGCGAAGCGCUAAGUCACAUCAUCAGUGAGUUCGACAAAAAUCUGCUGAUGUUGAACAAGAUUGGGGAGCAGACGGCCAACUGGUCGACGAUAUUGGCGUACAUGGUGUGUUCUCGUCUCGACCAAACCACUCUCCGCAACUGGGAGACGCGCCACAACAGUAAAGACGUCCCAAAGUACGACGACCUAAUGCAGUUUUUGAGGGAUCAGUGCGCAGUGCUGCAAUCGAUAGCCCCCGCAAAGGUUCACGAAGGCGAUAGACGGCCUAGGCUCUCAACGACGCACACUACGUCCCAGGCUCAGCGAAGAUGCUUGUUUUGCGGAGAUUCGUACCAUCUACCGUUUAAGUGCAGCAAACUGCAGAACAUGAACGUGGCUCAGCGAGUGGAAGAUAUCAACAGAAAACGACUUUGCAGAAACUGUUUGACAGCCGGGCACUUCGCUGAAGGCUGCACCAGAGGGUCGUGUACUCGCUGUGGGAGAAAGCACCAUACGUUGCUGCACUUUGACAGGCCAUCAAGCAGCGGUAAUCCAGUGAAGCCAUCAGUUCCUGCUAGUGUCCCGCAGUCCGUUCCACAAGCGCAAAACCGACCAAAUUCAGCUCCAACAGCGCACCAGCAACAGCCACAGCAAAUUCGUUCGAAACCACAGAGCCAGACACAAACAACUCAACUCAACCAGCCACACAAACACAACCCACAUCAUCAUACCCGGUGAUUCG